AUGACUCGUGACAUGACGCCGUUCAUCACGGUGCAGCGCCAAUGGACCGAGCACCGACGAAUUUAUAUAAGCUCACCAUCACCUUGUGAUAUUAGAGUAAAUGAUACUCCGUUCAACUUAUCACCAUUGUGUAACCACAACAAAGAUAUUAAUCGCUUUUCAAAUAACAGCGUGAUCAAAAUGUUCUCAGAACGGUCAUUUCAAGCUCAAAUAAUUCAAGAAGAUUUGCAGCGAACUCCCAGGGUUCACUUCGCAACGCCUCCAAAAACAAAAAAGCCUUACCAGGUCCUGGCAGAUAAAGCAAAACGUUACUUGGUACUGUUUCUGGAGACAUCAUCCAUUCAUGGACUGAAUCAUUUGAUUUCGUCCAAAAGGCAUUUUCUUGAGGUUAUCAUCUGGCUGGUCAUCAUAGGCCUAUCCGUGUUCGGGUCGUUCUACCUCUCCCAGAUAACUUGGUCUCGCUACCAGUCGUCACCCACCGUCAUCUCGAUGGACCGUGACAUGUUCGCGUGGAACACCACCUUCCCGUGCGUCACCGUCUGUCCUACUGAUAUACUUGAUAGGAAAAAACUUCAGGUCUACUUGAGGUUAAGAAAUUCCAAAGAAGAAAAUAAAACGUUACUAGAAAACUUCAUUACUCAACUGUCCACGACAAAUUACAAGAACUUCGAGGACGUCCCGGACUAUUCUGGGAUACCCCCGGAGAAGUACCUGCAGUUGCUGUUAAACCUGUCAGCUCCCUUCAAGCCGACCUUGACGAUCGGUGUACCAAACAUGGCCCUCACCAUCAUACCAACCAUCACUGAGAUAGGGUUAUGUUACGCCAUCAACUCCAUUACGGCUGAGUAUAAUUCUCCCGAGUACAGGGAAGCAAACAGAUGGGAUAUUUUGAAAAAUGAAAAGAAGUCUUUAUUCAUUCACCCUUUAGAUGGAGAAGUUUUCGCUCAAGUUAUGAACAUAUCUACUGCGUAUAACGUAUAUAUCCAUAGCCCCCAAGAGGUUCCGGACAUAUCGACUAAGGUGCAAUACUCGAAUGUAAGUUACUACAUGAAAUUGUACGUCACUGCAGUCACCGUAUACACUUCAAAACCUUUUUUCCUCAAUAUCAAAUGUAUGGACAUCAUCCUCAGGUUGAGCAUUAAUCAGCGCGGCUGUCGCUUCCCCCACGAGAACAAUCUGAAGCACAACUCGAUAUACACGUACACGAUGUGCCGCAUGGAGUGCCGGAUACGACUCUGUUUGAAGUUCUGCCACUGUGUACCACACUUCUACAGGACUAUUGGCAAGAAUUAUAUUAUCAUUGAUAUCUUACUAAGUAUACAUGCUUAUGAUAGCUGCUGUACUCAUACCUUGCAUGCAUCAACUGUCUCUGUGAAAAACCUUCGAGUUUUAAGAAAUUUACAUCUUCACCAUUAUUUUCUGUAUUUCCCCGUGUCAAACACUCGUGAUGAAAAAAUAUGUGAUAUCCAAGGCCUGCAUUGUUUAUCGAAACAUAAAGAUGUAUUGUUCAAGUUGCAAGAUAAAGAUGGAAAGAGAAUAAAUUGUGGCUGUUAUCCAUUGUGUGAUGACGUCAACUAUGUUCUACAGUCAAACGCUCUACAAGAAUGGUUCCUUGGCACCAAUCUCCAGUGGGGCAUGGUGACUUACCCUCGUAUGCGGUACAGGCGUGACAUCAUUUUCGGUUUCACUGAUGUCUUGGUGGCUGUCGGUGGCAUGGCAGGCUUGUUCCUCGGCUGCAGCGUCCUCAGUUUCAUGGAGAUUGUGUACUUCAUCACUCUGCGCCUAUUCUGUUACGCUUAUACAUCUAAAUGAUUCUCCAUUGCAAUCGCGUUGCUAUUGGUACUUAACGUGUAUGUGUUUGCCUGUCAGCAUUAUGUAUCAAGCAACUGUUUUUGUGUUAUUUUGCUCUUUAAUUAGGCAUUAGUUUAAUUCUGUAGUCAAAUGCUUUAUGAAAUAAAGGAAACGUUGUUUGAAUAUUUAAGGUUUCUGCUUUGUAUGCACAAUGUCAGUUUGACUAAAUAUCAAUAAUUUAAUAUAUAUCUCAAAAUUAUUAUGAUAACAAUUAAUAUUGUGAUGAAACUAUUAACAAUGUAUAACACACCAAAACUAAAGCAAUUUGAUACAAAGUACUUCCUCCGGGUCAGAAAGACCCCAGGUAAAUUUAAUUUAGGGUUAAGCGUAAUUGCAGACGACGCACAUCGGGUCGUAUUAACACAUCGUAAAUUCAACCCUUAAACACCUUGCUAAUAAUUAAGAUCGGUCUUUGAGACCCUUGGGAUUGUUUGGCCAAUUUAACAAUAACACCUACUGUUGUGGACGGGUUAGG